CUCGCUCCCUUUGGUAUAAAUCCAAGACCUUUCCCCAGGCUUCCCUCAGUCAGUGUUGAGCUGAACUGAAGUUUUUCCAGAUUCCAGAUUCCAGAUCACUCCACCAUGACUUCUCCCGUCGGAAGACUCCUGGCUUUGGCUUGUGGUCUCACUCUCCUCCUGGGUUGUGAGUUCCGAGAGCUCUACACUGCCCCAUUUGGGGCAAAUGUCACUUUAGAUUGCUAUGAUGACCCCGAAGCAGAACCACGUACGGUAUGCUGGGGUAGAGGAGUUACGGAGGGCUGGGAGGACUGCAAAGAUGAGAUGAUCAGGACAGAUGGGAAAAGGAUGGUCAGCAGAUCCUCUGAACGUUACAACUUCGCCGGCAACAUUGCUGAGGGUGAUAUGUCAGUGACCAUCAUGGAUGUCAAGGAGGAUGACUCUGGACUGUACUUCUGUGUGUCGCGCACCCAAAAAACGAUGCUGAAGCUCAGGGUCGCAGCCCCACCUCCCACCAUGGCCGCCACCCCCUCUGCUGUCAAGAUGAUGAUGUGUAGGGAGCCUACCCCAGCUGACUUUGAGCGAGAGGAGGAGGACACCCUGGUCUGAUCCUGAUUGAGGCAUGCCAACCACUCAUCCACCGUGCUGCACCUCCCAAGAUGAAUCAUUACAAGCUGUGAUUUCUAUACUAAGAUUGUGUUCUGUUUGUUGGAGUGAUGCUGAAUGAGUGCAAAAUAAAUAUUCUUUAUUGAAUAAUAUUCUAUUAUUUCUAUGAUUUAUUGUGUAUUUUAUCUCCAGUACUCAUUGAUGCGUUUAUGCUAUUUGAAUACACUUGAUGAAGAAACAUCUGGUCAAGUCCAGCUUCCUCUGGAAGACUCGUGUAGGUUGUUGUGCACAGAAUGGGAACUUGAACGUGCAUAUAACUGCACCUUAUUGCACCUAACAGUGUAUUCUAUAUUCUAUAGCCUAUAUUUGAUGUUUUUAUUUCGCACUUUAACGCUUUUUAGCUCGUUAAGUCAGUUUAUGUUCAUGUAAAUGUAGACCAGAAUGUCUGAACUUGUGAUACAUAGAAAUGUGUUUGUUUGAAAGUACCAAUUACAUAUUGCACAGUUUUUCCAUGUCAUGUAAUGUAAUGUUUUCCCAUGAUGUGAUUUCAAUAAAAUAAAAUCAAUCAUAAA